AUGAAGAAAGAAAAAUUGGUUCGUAGUCCACCAAGAAAUCGCGUUGGAAGUAUAUGCAUAGGGCAAUUCGUUCUGAUGGCAAACGUUUUUCAGAAUAAAACCGCCUUGCGACAUCUGUUCGUAAGGGAUAUUUCUGAAAUGGUAAAAUAUGGAUUCGAAGUGUUCUGCCGACGAGCGCUCUCGAAGCACACGAAGAAGCCUGGAAUGCCUACCCGUAUACGAAAACGAGUAUGGAUUCGAAGUGUUCUGCCGACGAGCGCUCUCGAAGCACACGAAGAAGCCUGGAAUGCCUACCCGUAUACGAAAACGAGCUUGCUCGAUGAACCGGAAAGUAGAACUCCUGACUUCCCACAACUGUCUAUUGACGAUGAUUCGGCUGCGCAGGAAUUGGAAGGGAAGCGGCACAAAACCACAAAAGUGCAAUCCAUAGUUGGAAAAGGGCAGCGUAGAUUUGUUCUG